GAAAGAGGUGUCAAUCAUCCAAAUUGACCAAUCGGUUGCCGAGAUAUGGAUGCGCGUAGGACGUUUGCCUUCAUGACGCAGCGCGCACAGCCAAUAGAAAGGAUCGCUCUGCGGAUAAAUAGUAGUAGCGCGCAGCUGAUCGCACACCUGAAUUCACUGAUUGCACUCGUGGAUUAUAAUAUUGACUAUUGAGCCAUUCCUUUUCGUUUCUCGGAGAAAUAAUGGCACAGAGAAAAUGGGAGAAGAAGAUGUCGGCCGCCGAAGCACUGGCAAUGAUUCAAGCGGACUUAGAAGCUCCAGUCAGUGCCAUUGACUCUUCAUCUGAGGAUGAAGAUCUGUUUGUUGCUGAGGGCAUUUCUGAUCCUGAUUAUAAACUGCCGACAUCCGAAAGUGAUGAUGAAGAUUAUGAGGGGCCUUCAUCUUCUGCUACCUCUGCACCAGCCCACCCCCCCCAGCCAAGGCCAUCAACACCUCUGCCCCAGCCACGCCGCACCACCCCCCGACGCGCUUCUGCACCACAGCUACAGGCAAGGCCAUCAACACCUCAACCACAGCCAUCAAGCACAUCCCCCACCUCAUCUGAUUCGGAUGUGCCUCAAGAAAGCCGUCCAAAAAGAAAGGGGAAAGCACUACAGAAGUCAGCUAGACCUAAGCGUGGUCGGAGUAGGUCUGCCACUUCAAGAGACCAAGAGCAGCCGUGGCACAACAGAGAGGAGAAGGACAACAAACCUGACCCACCCAGAUUCAUGCCAGCCAGGACCCCAGGCCCCACCUUUGAUACAACAGCAUCAUGGUCUCCCCUCACACUGUUCCAGCUUUUUUUUAGUGCAUCUGUGGUCAGGACAAUAAUUGACAAUACAAAUUUCAAUGCUGCGAAGCGACUACAGGCUGGCAUGAAGUUUGUGUGGAAGGCGCUGACGGCACAGGAAUUUUAUGUUUUCAUGGCCAUCAUAAUUUAUACAGGCCUCGUUCAGGUGCAUCUCAGAUCUGACUACUGGCGGAAGGCGUGGCCAUAUAACUUCCACUUCCCAAGUGAAAAGAUGUCACGGGACCGCUUCGAAGCCAUCUUGUGGUCCCUGCAUUUGAGUAACCCAGAAGAAGACGAGGAGAAUGAGCGGAAGAGGAGCACGGAUCAGUACGACAGGCUUUUCAAGAUCAAGCCUCUCUACACUGAGAUGGUGACUGCCUGCCAAGCAAACUUCCACCCGAAUAAAAACAUUUGCAUCGACGAGAGGAUGGUCGCGUCCAAGGCCCGCAGCAGCAUGAAACAAUAUAUGAAGGACAAACCAACAAAGUGGGGUUACAAACUCUUUGUGCUGGCUGAUGCAGCAACUGCGUACACAUGGAAUUUUUUUGUGUAUGCUGGCAAGAGUGUGGACACCACAGGCCAUGGUCUCAGCUACAGUUCAGUCAUGGACCUUUUGCCAUUUCCACUGCUUGGUAGGGGCUAUAAUUUGUUUGUUGAUAAUUUUUAUACUAGCCCUGCCCUGUUUCUGGACUUGUACACAAAACACAUUGGUUGUUGUGGGACCAUCAGGCAAAAUCGUAUUGGGUUUCCACAUACUGCACAAAACGACCUCCACAAAAAGGCUGCCCGGGGAGAUAUGCGCUGGAUAAGAGAUGGCAAACUUCUCUUUGUGAAGUGGAUGGAUACCCGGGAGGUGACCAUGUGCUCCACUAUCCAUGAGGCUUUUAGUGGACACACUGUCAAGAGGAAGGUAAAAGAGGCUGGUGUGUGGAAAACCAAGUACAUCCCUAUUCCAGACGCUGUGGUGGACUACAACAAGAACAUGGGUGGUGUUGAUGUAUCUGAUGCCUUGAUAGGCUAUUACACUGUGCACCACAAGACAAUGAAGUGGUACAAGACUUUCUUUUACCAUUUUAUUGACAUCGCUGUGGUGAACAGUUUCCUUCUGCACAAGGAGUUGUUCAAGAUGAGGAACGAGCCCACACUCACGAAGCCUCUCACACAGAAAACCUUCAGAGAGAGGUUGGCUGCAGAAAUGUUGAGCUUUGCUGAGGCCUCAGCAGCUCCACCUCCUCCACCACCACCACCACAGCCCACCUGCAUGCCUAUGUAUUAUGGGGGUGAUGCCACACAAGCACGGCGGUACUGCAGGAGAUGCCAGGAGGCUGGCAUCCAAAGAGUAAAAACCCCCAUAUAUUGCCGGAAGUGUCAGGUCCCUCUGUGCCUUACCUCAAAGAAAAACUGUUUCCAGGAGUGGCAUGACAGCCAUUAG